AUGACGACCACCCUGGAAACACUGCACACACUCCCUGAACUGGAGCUGAGCCCACGGCUGUUGAACGGAUGCGAAGACUCAGCCGGACGCUACAAGGUGGUUCCUUCUGUUGUCUGCUCCAUGUGCUGCCUCUUUGGCGUCAUUUACUGCUUCUUUGGCUACCGCUGCUUUAAGGCGGUGAUGUUCCUGACAGGCCUGAUGUUCGGUUCGGUUGUCAUCUUCAUGCUGUGCUACAAGGAGCGCGUGCUGGACACCCAGCUGAGUGUGGAGGCCUCGGUGGGCAUCGGCCUGGGCAUCGGCACGCUGUGCGGUCUGGUCACCAUGCUGGUUCGCAGCGUGGGCCUCUUCAUGGUGGGUCUUCUGCUCGGCCUGCUGGUGGCCGUGGCCACCUUGGUGGGAAUGGAGGAGCUUUCCCACAGCCCGCCACGCUCUGUCUGGGUGCCUCUGGGCGUGCUGCUUGGCCUGGGCAUGCUCUUUGCUGUUCUCACUCUCCAGUGGCAGCGCAUCUUCACCACGCUAUCCACCGCCGUCUUCGGCGCCGCCGUCAUCACAGUAGCACUGGACUACUUCGUGGAGCUCUUUGCGCUCGUCCUCUACAUGUACGAACGGAUGAAAGCCGUCCCCGGGAAGCCCGUUUGCUGGCUGACGUGGGUGGUGCUGGGGGUGUGGCCUGCGCUCACCCUGUUGGGUGUUGUGGUCCAGUGGAAGGUGACUGCAGAGGGAUACUCGCACACCAAGGUCAUCAUCAGUCGUCAGCAGAGAAGGAUGCAGGUCAUGCGUAUUCGCCAGCGGGACGACCGCUACCGGCACAAGAAGAAGAAGAAGAAGCACCUUGGGUCCUCGUCCAACCAAAACCAAGCCAAGCAACUCCAGGAACCCGCCUAUCGCCGCAAGCCCAAUCCAAUUCGUCGCUAUGACACUGAUGUCCUCUCACCAAGCUACAUCCAGAAUUUCCGAGACAGGCAGGUGCAGGCUCAGCCUUUUCCAAGCCAGCUGCUUGGAGGACCACACGCCGCGGUGGAUCUGGGCUACGACUCAACGGCACCCCUCACUGGGGCAGCAGGACCUUCCCUACGAAAUUAA